AGUAUAUAUUCUCGUCUAAAUAGAAAAGCUGCACCAUAAAUAAGAGAGUUUAAUCGCAUUAUAGAUAUCUGAUAUCGGAAUAUGUGAUCUAAAGUUCAACUAUUAAAUGAAAUUGGUUGUCCUCUGUUCUCGCCUCCAAUAUCCCUGAAAGAAUAAGAUGCCCCAAGCGUCUGCGGCGUUCGGAGACACUUCCGGUCUAGGCCGGGACUCUCGCUACAUGGCCUGCGUACGUUUCUCGGACCAGUAUAUCCGCCGCGUCAACGUCCUGAACGCGUUGCAGCAUCGCAUUGAGCGUAAGCACGUGAAUAUCUUCGAGCAUGAAAGCGAUCAGAAUAUAAAAAAGAUCGAAAGAAUAAAACAGCGACUGAAUGAUAGUAUUCAAAAGAGACUUGCCUACAAACUUGUGCUAAAAACUCAGACUUUCAGUGCAAUUCCAGACAAGAAAACCGCGUUAAACAAACGCUACACAUCAACAGCUUUUCAGAAUGACGUACGUGAAAUGUUGAAGUACAUAAAGCCGGAUCGUAUUCGGGAAAGAAAAGCAGAAGUUUUAUAUAAAGAAAAUAGGCUACGUUAUGAUAUAUUACUCAAUCAAAAUCGCCAAAAAUUCAACAGACUGUACCCAGAGAAGAUCGCUUGGCGAGGAAGAUACGGUGAAUUGCAAGAGGAGGAAAAUAAAGAGGAAGAAAAGCCGCCAACUCCUUCGCCCACAAUCGAAGACAAACGUAAACAAAGUCUGGCCACUCUUAGACGGAGGAUAAUAUCCAUAGAUUCUGCUCCUCAGUCGCCGAAAAAACUCCCGACAAUAUACAGCCCUACCAAAGUCUUGAGUGCGAGCUUUUUGAGUCCAAGCAAAAGUCAAACCCCGGUCAGGACGCCAUUGCUGAGUAAGCCACCAAGUCAGUCUGGACCUGCGCGCAGGCAAGAAAUCACAAUGGGUUUCAUGAAACGUCAGAAGUCGUACUUAGAAACGCAAGAACUCGCAACUACCGUUGGAGAAAAAGUGACGUCACAGCUGACGUCAGACGAAAGUACCGACGUUGGGAAAAUUUUGGAACCGGUUGUAGACAAAAGUAUUGGCAAUAAAGAAUGUGGUAUUGAUGAGAACAAUAAUGUGGUUGAGGAACCAAAAAGUGCAAUACCUGAAUCAGCAAAGAUCUCAAAGAAGCGAGUGAAGUCCCAGCAAGAACUUUUGUUACCCCCUAUACCGUCCAGUAGGACAAAUAGGGUUCCAACCACGCCAAAACAAUCGGAGCAGAAACCCGUGAAAUUACCUCCCUUGAAAAUGACAAACAAGUGAUAAUGUUGCUUUUUAUAGAUGCUAUUUUAUAUUUUAUAUUUAAAUAAUAGAGUGUUUUUUU